CUGCCGUGUGGUGCUCCUAACACGCUGGGGAAUAUCAUCACUUACCUGGAUUGCAGCGCAAAAUGGCCCAAGAGAAGCUUACGUCAGCAUUCAUUACCUACCAGCUCCUCCCAAUGUGUAGUAAGAAGUCACCAGACUAUUGAGUGACUUGAAGUUUCAGAAAACAUUCGCGAAGAGCAGAUUGUAAGCUCUUUGUUAAAUUCACAUUAUGUUUCUUACACGCUGUGUGUUUGAGGUUCUGUGUGAUUUGCGAGGUCUCUGGAUGAGCUGUGCGGUGGCACAGGGUCUGUCAUGGCUGUGCCAGUGCCCCCAGCAUUCCUGCAGCAGGGUCCUGUGCUCCUCGCCCACCCCGAGGAAAGGGAGCCUGCUGGGAGAGCCUCUGGGGCUCAGGCUGCAUCAUGCUCGAAGGUUUGAGCUGCUUUGGGAGUGAAGAGGGUUUGCUUUGCUCUGUGUGCUGGAUGCGUGUCCAGCACGCUGGUGCUAAAGCAGAGCUCUCUCCUGUUUGGUUCUUCAGCAAUAGUAUUUGCACCACUGCUGGUGGCUAGCGCCUGUUUUGGACUCCUCAAGUAGUCUGGCUGUUCAUGUAACAUUAUUAUUAUUUACUUAGGGCCCAGACUUGCUCUUUUUUAUUGCCUGCAGCACGAUGUUUGUUCAGACUGGGCAUUGUGAAGUGUAAACCCAAUUCCACUGGCACCAGUACUCACCUCUGCCUUUUCUAGAAGCAGAGCAGUCCAUGAUGCCUGAGGUGCGAGACCUCUCGGAUGCCUUGCCCGAGCUGCCGAUGGAUCCCAUCACCGGCGUGGGCGUGCUGGCGUCCCGCAGCCGAGCACCCACUGGAUAUGACGUUGUUGCACAAACAGCAGAUGGCUUGGAUGCUGACCUGUGGAAAGAUGGCUUGUUUAAAUCCAAGGUCACACGGUACCUGUGCUUCACCAGAUCAUUUUCGAAAGAGAAUAGUCAUUUAGGCAACGUCUUGGUCGACAUGAAGCUCAUUGAUAUCAAGGACACCUUACCCGUAGGCUUCAUGCCCAUCCAGGAGACCAUUGAUACACAAGAAGUAGCUUUCAGAAAGAAGAGGCUGUGCAUUAAAUUCAUCCCUCGGGAUUCUACAGAGGCAGCGAUCUGCGAUAUCCGAAUCCUGGGGAGGUCCAAGCAAGCCCCUCCUCAGUACACGUUCAUUGGGGAGCUGAACAGCAUGGGUAUCUGGUACCGCAUGGGCAGAGUGCCGCGCAACCACGACUCGGCGCAGCCUGCGGCGCCUCCCGCCCAAGCGCCCGCCCCAGCGCCCGCUCCCAGCCUGCCAAGGCACAUCUCGCUGACGCUGCCGGCCAGCUUUCGGGGCAAGAGCCACAGCAGCCGCCUGGACCUGGAGCACCAGCACUCCAACCUGUACGCCAUCUCAGCAAUGGAUGGAGUGCCUUUCAUGAUUUCGGAGAAGUUUGCCUGUGCUCCUGAAGGGAUGCAGCCGGUUGAUCUCUUGGGUAUCACAAUCAAAACCCUUGCAGAAAUUGAAAAGGAGAUCCACCCUCUUGUGCCUGAAAGUUUUGUCCGAGUACAAGAAGAUGGUCAGGCCCAGUUGGCAGGGGUUUUGCAGGCGCCCCGUGGGGCUGCAGUGGCUGCAGUGGUGGAUCUGAGGAUGCUGCCUGACAGGGCCAGUGGCUGACAGAUGCACCCACUGCCUCAGGCACUGCAGUCUGCCACGUGGCACACAUGCCACCCCUCUGUUUGGGACUGGCAGUGUCUGUCAGGAGGGACCCUCAGAGCAGGGGGUGCCCAGGGCUGGCAGCCCUUCCCCGUGCCUGGCUGCUGUCCCGUUCCUGCGCUGAGCUGGCCAGGGAGCAGAUGGUCCCUUUGGCCAUGGGGAAUCCGUGUAGUGCUGAAUUUGCUUCUGCAUCAUCUCUGUGCGUUGCCUGGUGUGGGAGAGGUCUGGCAGCCUGGGCUGCACAGCCCUGCUUGUGCCCUCGCAGGCCUGUGGAGAGUGGGGACACCAGCGCUGCAAUCAUUUCUGUGGGCAGCAGGGAGAGGCCAAGACCUGCCUGCUCUCCCACAGCUCCUGCUCUGUAGCAGGCUGUGUGCGUUCCAGCGUAAUGAAAAGUAUGAUUAUGCAGCCCAUAUUCCUUGAUGAAGCAUCUUGUCUGCACAUAGAGAGCUACACAUAUAAAUAUUGUGAAUUUCGGCAUGGCUUUAUUUCCCUUGCAAGCAAUAGCACUAUUACAGCAAAUCUUCUGGAUAUCCAAAGCAGCCAGAACAUUCUCCCUGGAGCAAGAUGCCUUGCAAAAAAUAUUCCCAAAGAAUUCUAAGAAUUACUGUUCUCUGUCACCACAUUUGCAGAUGUAUGCACCCAUCCUCCAAGCUGCAGGCAGCUGACUUUCAGGACUCUACCCUGUCAGGAAAAUGAUGGAAAUAGAUGCAAAUCCUGGACUGCACCUGAACUGCUCGUGUUGCCCCAGGAUGGCACAGCUGUGCCCGGGGGUGUGCUCAGAGAGCUGGGCUAUGAAGAGGUGGUGAGGUGCAGGUGUAAGCAGCACGUGCCAUCACUUCAUGGCUAAUUUGGUGGAUGUAGGACAGGCAGUGCUGCAGCCAGCCUCCCAGCAGGGCUCUGUGGGUUUGUCCUUUACCCCUGCCUGCCCUGGGUAGGGUAGAGCCACUGAGCAGGCGCCUGGGCAGGUGCAGGUGGCAGCCAGGGUGGUGGCACUGUCCCUGUUCCAGCUCUGUGGUGGAUGCUGUGCAGUGAGGGCAGCGGUCUGGCCGCUGGCAGGGUGCACCCUGUCUUCAUUUGCGCUUGGCGUGGUGUAAAAAGUCUAGAGAGAGUCUAAUUAGUAAAGGGAGCAUCCAAUAUUCAUCAUUCCUUUUAAAGUGAUAAGGAAGGCAGUUCAUUUAACCACUGAAUUGCUACAAGUUUUCAUGGGCUCCUUUUUGCAAAUAUAUUUAAUGAAGAAGUUGUAAAUCUAGAAGAGCUUAAAAUUUUAAUUUUACACAGAAAUAUUUUUCCUUGUUUGCAUGUUUGUAGUCAAUUCUCCUGAGUGCAGUCACAUGAAAUGUUCUUUAAAUGAACAUAUUUGCUAACUGGCAUGAUUUCAGAUUUUAAAACAUUGGUUCCAGCAAUUAGGAGUUUCCUCAGUUCCCCAAUGACUGGAGAGAUUCGUCUUGAUUAUAAUUGCUCUUAGCCACGCAUAUCUAAUUUGUGUCUUUUUAAGUGUUAAUUAGUAAACAGUUUGAGCUGA